GAACGAAUGGCACCUGUUGCGUUCAAAGGGAAGCCGGGAGGCCAGUGCUGCUGGUCGCGUGAAACCAUCGCGCGCUUAGUGAACCACAUACAUCUAAAACGCGAGGUUACAGAGUAACAAUAUCCGUCCAUCGACUCACAGCUCAAACAAACGGUGCCGCGUUAGACAAGGAACCGCGUAUCUGUCUAGAUAAUCUGCUUCUGGGAGAAGCACAUGAUUGACUUAAAUUAUUACAGUUAGUCAGAUCACAGGCGACGUGUCACAGUUUUGAAGUGUAUUUAUGCAAAGAUCCCAACGCCACCCAUUAAGUGUAGUGGGAGUGUGCGGUGAGCCACCUGCUGCCACGUGGAUCCAGCAGGGCGAAGGAAGGAUCAGGUGCAGAGGGUGUUUGUUGUCAGUUUGGUGAUCAAGAUUGGCCAACAGAAUGCGUCUGAGACGUCGUCUCUCCCCCCUGAAGCUUACUGUUCUGGGUGGCACACUUUUUAUGGUCAUUCUGGUGGUGCUCCAGAGGGACGUUGGCAGCGGCUCGCUUCAGGACCCCUGGCUACAAGAUCUCUCUAACAAAAAGGAGAGGGUGUUCGAGAUGGUCCGCGGGGCUGUCAAUAACUUUGCCUUCCAGAUCGGAGCCCCACAGCCCCCAUCGGUGGGAGUGGUGCCCACCCCGGACCAAAACUGCCCCCCGGGUUUCUACACUCAGGUGGAUCUCAAACCGUGGAUUGAGAGACCUCCUCAGGACCCUCAAGCACUGGGAGCCAAUGGCUUAGCCUUCCAGAAAGCCAGCAUGACUGCGGAGGAGGAGAAGGAAAAGCAGGAGGGCAUGACCAGGCACUGCUUUAACCAGUUUGCCAGCGACCGAAUCUCUUUGCACCGCAGUCUUGGAGAUGACACCCGUCCACCCGAGUGUGUUGAGCGGAAGUUUCGCCGAUGUCCUCCACUCCCCACCACGAGUGUGAUCAUUGUGUUUCAUAACGAGGCAUGGUCAACACUUCUGCGCACCGUGUACAGUGUGCUGCACACCUCCCCGGCGGCCUUCCUCAAAGAAAUCAUACUGGUGGAUGACGCCAGCAUGGCAGAACACCUCCAUGAGAAGCUGGAUGAGUAUGUGAAGUCACUGAAGAUCGUGAAGGUAGUGCGUCAGCCGGAGAGGAAGGGCCUCAUCACCGCGAGGCUUCUCGGAGCCAGUAAAGCUCAGGGAGAAAUCCUCACCUUCCUAGAUGCUCACUGUGAGUGUUUCCAUGGCUGGCUCGAGCCUCUCCUUGCUCGCAUUGUUGAGGAGCCCACUGCUGUGGUGAGCCCCGAAAUCACAACCAUUGAUUUAAACACUUUCCAGUUCCACAAGCCUGUGGCGUCUGCUCGUGCCCAUAACAGGGGCAACUUUGACUGGAGUCUCACAUUUGGCUGGGAGGCCAUUCCAGAUUACGAGAACGCUAAACGCAAAGAUGAGACGUACCCAGUAAAAACUCCAACAUUUGCCGGUGGUUUGUUCUCUAUAUCUAAGGCCUAUUUUGAGAAAAUUGGGACCUACGAUGAUAAAAUGGAGAUAUGGGGUGGAGAAAACAUCGAGAUGUCUUUCAGGGUGUGGCAGUGUGGCGGACAGUUGGAGAUAAUCCCCUGCUCCGUCGUGGGUCAUGUGUUCCGCACCAAGAGUCCUCACACCUUCCCCAAAGGUACAGAGGUCAUUACACGUAACCAGGUGCGCUUGGCUGAGGUGUGGAUGGAUGACUACAAGCUGAUUUACUAUCGCCGCAGCCAAAGUGCAGCUAAAAUGGCCGAAGAUAAAAACUACGGUGAUCUAUCUGACCGUUUGAAACUCAGAGAAACCUUACAAUGCAAGAACUUUUCUUGGUACCUAACCAAUGUCUACCCAGAAGCCUUUGUCCCUGAUCUCACCCCUGUCAAGUUUGGAGCUCUCAAGAAUAGGGGAUCACAGCAAUGUCUGGAUGUUGGAGAAAGUAACAAUGGGGGAAAGCCUGUGAUUAUGUAUGUAUGUCACAACAUGGGCGGCAAUCAGUACUUUGAAUAUACAUCACAUAAGGAGCUGAGGCAUAACAUAGGGAAACAGCUCUGCCUACACGCGUCUCCUUACCCAGAGCCAGUGAAGAUUGAGCUCUGUACGCUGAAGGGCAAAGGCAGCAGUUUGACUCCGGAACAAGAAUGGGUGUUCGCAGAAGAGGACCUGCUUAAAAAUCCGUCCUCUGGAAAGUGCCUCCAUAAAAAAGGAGACAAGAUAUUAAUGAGCCCCUGCAAUCCAGCAGACCAUCACCAGCAGUGGACUUUCAGUUGACCUCACACUCCAGUCGAGGAGCAAGGACGUUCACUCCCAUAAGACCCACGAGGGAGGACCAGCAGCUACAGCUCAGGCUGACAAACUCACUGUAGGCCUGAGCGGAUGCACUGGGAGUGUAUUGGAUAGUUCAUAUCCAUAAGCUCCUGAAGACAUUAUGAUCAGACUGGGGUCAGGAUGCUCAGGGAAAACAGUGGAGAUCAUGCACAUCAACCCACUGGAGCAUUACAGAGUGAACAAUCCAGCAGCUAGAUUGUUUACUUGAUGCAAUUUAUUGCCUUAUUGAUGAUGUUUACUGCUGCUUUAAAAUGGUGUAGGUUUUAUUUAUUUUUAAAGAAAUGGAAAAUUAAAUAUUUUUGGAACAUUGUUAGUGUUAAGGCCAAUGAACGGCCGGCCUUGCCAACUAUACAUGUGAUGUUUGUAUGAUCCUAAUCAUUUGCACAUGCUGCAGGGGAUGAGGGUUUUCUUCAGCUCUAGUAAACCGUCACAAGAGGUAGUUUCAGAUCCUUCUCUUGUGUUUUUGAAGCCGUCAGUAUGUAUAAAGCAACAUGUGACUUGCAUUCCUUGAUUGUUUCAGUGUGCUGAGGUCUUUUGGGGGAAAUCAUGCUCUAAUGUAUACAUGAAGAGAUCAGAUGCAAAUCCCUCUAAAUCCAUCAGACUUCUUUUCUUUUAAAUGAGCAUUUUUUUUAUCAGGCUCUUAUGAUCAGGUUCAGUAGUUUCAUUUUAAAGAUAACGAUAAGGUAAUUAGUUCGUGAAUAAAAUAACUUUUUUUCAAAAAUCUCACUUUAGACAAUCCAUUGGUUUUUAACAUUGUUAGAUUUUCUUUUGCGUCAAAACCAGCUAAAUCCACCUCUUUGGGACAAGACAGUAAAUAGGCCCAGUUGAAACCCUGUCUGAAUACAGGUAAAAAUCCCCCAAAAAUAUUUAAAAAAAAGAAGGAAAAAAAAAAGAUUCACACAGUAUAAGCACAAUGGUAUAAAAUGGCAGCAUGUUUAUUUUAACAACAAAAAACAGACGUUUCACAAACAACCCAACAUUAAAAAUGCAUUAAAAUACAUACAUCUGGCAUAACAUUCAUACGAGAGAGAAGAAUGGCGUCUUGUUUGACUUUGUCGUUUGUGAAAUAGAGCUGUUGUUUGAUGUAUAAUAAAUCAGAUUCCUUCAAAGUAACCGCACUGCACGAAAAACUGUUACGAACGCAUGCUACACUUGAGACCGAGCCAUUUCCAAGUUUUGAGGUAAAUAACGUUUUCUUCUGCUAUUCAAUGUCAGUAGGACAGGCUCAUCCAUUUCAUCGUGCUCCAUCUUUUAUGAAUCUGAAUCUAAAACAACCUCCACAGAAAAAUCAGCUCCUCAGCGCGCCACUAUAUUGAAACCGCUCGAAAUCAUAUGAUUCGAUUCGCGCCUUCUGAUUGGUUGUCGGAACAUAGCGGCUUUUGCUGCUAAAGGGAAGUGGCGUUUAGAGGCUUUUGCAUCUGAACUCUUCGCAUGUAAUUAACCGUUUUAUCCUCUUCACCUCUACAUUAUUAUUAUUUAUGAAUUUUGACUGCACAGAUUUAUUCUUUAAUAAUUGGAAAUUUCAAAUAUUUGAUGAUUUUCAUGUAUAAAAAAUACACACUUGUAUUGUUUUUCAAAACGCAUUCUGUUCUGGUUGUUAACGGUUUAAAAAAUGUGUUUAAAAAUUAUUCAGCAGUUUAUGAUUCUUAAGGUCCACUGUCCUGCGGUAUUUAUCUCCAACACUAAUCAAGCACACCUGCUUGUAAUCUCAAAGACCUGAUUAGCUUGUUCAGGUGUGUUUUACUGGGUUUGGAGCUAAACUCCUACAGGAGCAGAAUUGAAGAGCUAGUUACUGCUGUUAUCAUCACAAUGAAAUUGUGAUAACUUGAUAUUGACCACUAUUGUGAUCCGCAAAAGAAAUAAAGCAUCAAAAAGCUUCCAAACUUU